GACAGCUGUGGGAGGGAUAAAAAGAGAUGGGGGAUGGAGAAGAGGAGGGAGGAAAGGAAUAGCGUGAGUGAAGACCUCAUCUCAGCGCUGCACUCUUUCCUUCAUUCACUUUCCCCUCAUCAGGGACUGAUGUGACUCCAGGCAGCCAGGAGCCUUACUGGAGCAGCCAUGGCGCUGGGCCUCUCUCUCUAUCUCUGUCUGACUUCUCUCCUCCUCCUGCGCGCUCACGCGCUCCCCCGCUCCGGCGGCAGAUCAGCGCGCGCACCGGCCGCUAAAGUCCGUCUGGCGGGCAUCGGACGCAGAGAAAAUGAAGGACGCGUGGAAGUCCUGCACAACGGCACGUGGGGAACCGUGUGCGACGACGAAGUGGACAUUAAACUGGCCACUGUAGUUUGCAGAGAACUGGGCUUUCAGAGUGCACUCACGUGGGCACACAGUGCGAAGUAUGGAGAGGGAGAGGGUCCUAUCUGGAUGGAUAAUGUGCGCUGUGAAGGCACAGAGAAAUCUCUGAAAGAGUGCAAGUCAAAUGGAUGGGGGGUUAAUGACUGUAGGCACUCUGAAGACCUGGGGGUGGUGUGUAGUCCUGAGAGAAGGCUGGAUCAAGUGCAUCCCGGAGUCUCCAGACGAGGCCAUGACAUCGCCCUCAGAACUAAUAUUACAACCUCAAACCGGUGGCAAGACGUCUAUUCCAGUCCAAGGUCUCCAUCUCCUUGGCAUAGCAACGCUCAUCCACAAGACUUCUCAAGGCAGCAGUUUUCCAGACAACAGUUCCAUUCUCCGUCUGCCAGUAAAGUGAAGAUUGAAGAAGUUCGUUUGCGGCCAGUUUUGAUGGUUAACAAGAAGCGUGCAAUGGUGACGGAGGGCGUGGUGGAAGUAAAGCAUGCUGGGAGAUGGAGGCAGGUGUGUGAUAAAGGCUGGAGUCUGAACAGCAGCAGGGUGGUAUGUGGCAUGCUGGGAUUCCCUGAUGCAGCGCAACCCAACAUGAACAUUUACAAAAAAAUAUGGGACGAAAAAAUUAAGGACACUUCUACAAGGUUGAGUUUCAUGGCCAGAAAGAAGAGUUCCUGGGUGGAGAAGAUCCAUUGCCUGGGUACAGAGUCCACUCUGACAGAGUGUCAUGCCCAGCUGUCCAUCCCUCGCAGCCCUAUACCUUGUAGGAAUGGCCGCCAUGCAGUGGCCCGCUGCAUACCAGGGCCCCAGUUCUCACGCAUGUCCUCAGGCAGGCCUCAGGCUCCACACCCUACCAAGCCUGUGGUGCGUCUGAAAGCAGGACCUCGUCUGGGAGAGGGCAGGGUGGAGGUUCUGCGUGAAGGAAAGUGGGGAACCGUGGUUGACCACCUUUGGGAUCGUACCUCUGCCAGUGUGGUGUGCAGAGAACUAGGCUUUGGUACUGCCAAAGAGGCUUUUACUGGAGCAUACAUGGGCCAAGGAACGGGUCCCAUCCAUAUCAACUCAGUUCAGUGUACAGGAAGAGAGCGCUCUAUCUUGGACUGCUUGUUUCAAGAAGUCCAGCCGUGGACAUUCAAACAUUCUCAAGAUGCGUCUGUCAAAUGUAAUGUUCCCAAGACAGGAGUGGAGACCAUGGUGCGGUUAGCAGGGGGCAGGGAGGCAGGAGAAGGACGUGUGGAAGUGCUGAUGGAUGUGGGGGGUAGGAAGCGCUGGGGAGCGGUGUGCAGUGAAAAUUGGGGCAUUAAUGAGGCCAUGGUGGUCUGCAGACAGCUAGGCUUUGGCUUUGCUGCUCGAGCCCAUCAGGAGACAUAUUACUGGCAGGGAGACCCUAAUGCUCAGGAGGUGCUGCUGAGUGGGGCACACUGUGUGGGCACUGAACUGUCCAUCCAGCAAUGCCGUCGCAACAACUACGUCCAUUGUCCUCGUGGUGGAGGAACCAAAGCAGCUGGAGUCACCUGUUCUGAGACUGCCCCUGACCUGGUGGUGGAUGCCCAGCUGGUGCAGGAGACGGCCUAUCUGGAAGAUCGUCCACUACACCUGCUCACCUGCGCCCAUGAAGAGAACUGUCUGUCCUCCUCAGCCGCACGCAUGAACUGGCCGUAUGGUCACAGGCGCCUGCUACGUUUCUCCUCCCGCAUCAUGAACCUGGGCAGGGCCGACUUCCGGCCGCGUGCUUCACGAGAGUCCUGGACCUGGCACCAGUGCCACAGGCACUACCACAGCAUUGAAGUGUUCACGCACUAUGACCUCCUCACGCUGAAUGGAACCAGAGUGGCAGAGGGACACAAAGCCAGCUUCUGUCUGGAGGACACUUACUGCCCUGAUGGACUUCAUAAACGCUAUUCAUGUUACAACUAUGGAGAUCAGGGAAUUUCUGUGGGCUGCUGGGACACAUAUCGUCAUGAUAUUGACUGCCAGUGGGUUGAUGUCACGGAUGUCAGGCCAGGGGAUUAUGUAUUCCAGGUGGAAGUAAACCCAACACUUGACAUGGCUGAGUCAGAUUUUCUUAAUAAUGUAAUGCGCUGCAGGUGCAGAUAUGAUGGCCACAGAGUCUUCAUGUAUGGCUGUCAUACAGGAGAUGCCUAUAGUGCUGAGAUUGAAGAUUUGUUUGAGCACCAGCGCCAGAUCACCAACAACUUCAUCUGAGCUGAGCGAGGAGUGCUGAUUGAGGGCAGCAUGUGCUGGGGUGUCUGCUGGAAACAUGGCCUUCUACAAAAAUCUCCUAUUUACUGACCACAAACAUAUCAACUGGACAACAUCACUCAAAGGAGGAAGGAAUUCACAAGAGUCAAGGGCCCAUUUCCUUACUGUUUUCAACACGCCCUUGUUGACUUCCUUCAUGAUGAAGUGCGUAUCACCUAUCACAACACUGGACAGGGCAGGAAGUUACAAUGGAAAGUGUAUUUUCCUUAAGAACAUAUAUGCCUUUUUUAGCAAGCAGAGGGCAUUCAUUUGGACCGAUGUAGUGUUUUGCACACUAAAUGUGCUUUGAAUUAAUGAAGCAAAAUCCAACAUUAGUUAAGUAAUUUUAACUUAAGCUAGACAUAAACAUUUUUGGAGAAACAUAAACUUGCUAACAAAGUAUAGAUGGAGUAACAGACUGCAUAAAACCCAAUAAUGUUAUAUUUGUGUUAUAUUCUACCUAUAAACAUCAGAUUUCAAUGCAUUUUGGGCAAAUUCUGCCCCAGAUAAUUCUGCUACAGUGAUAGUGACUCGAUCCACCAGCUCUCCAAACGGUGAUAUAAUGAAUUCACUUGACCUGAUGAAGUAAUAGAACUGGCCUUGAGAGGGCGACAGGGGAAAAAAAAAGUGAGGGAAAAUCAGUGAGGGCAUGUUAA